CCGCUUGCCUCGUUCCUCCACGUCCACACGCGCCGCGCACCAUGUCGCGUCGCUCCUCGCUGGCCGGCGUACCAGCGCACUAUACGUUUGUCCCGCAACCGCCGGUCCCAGGCCCGUCUACCCACCAUCCCACGGCGGACUUGACCAUGCUUCGCACGCACGCGCCCAAUCAGCCGACCGCGUCUGCCCAUCAGCCGGCGCCCACAUAUCGCAGCGCUUCUCUAUCAAUGGCCGGCGUACCCACGCACGGCGCAGCGUCACCGACAUUCGCGACCCCAGCGGGCUACCCGUAUUCGCCAGUCCCCGCUAGUACUACUCCUGGGCCAUCUCCCGACGUCUACUGGAAGCAGCUGGACGACUACGUCGUCCGCCGCCUCAACGAGGUCCUCAAAUGGCAGGCCGACGCGAUGUCCGCGCAGGAUGCGCGCCUCGCCAAGUGCGAGGAGGCGCUCAAGGCCUGCAUCGCGGACGCGCGCACGGAGGCCACGCAACAGAACGAGCGUAUAUCCCAGCAGAACGAGCAUAUGGCGCAGCAGAAUGAGCGCGCGAACAUCAUCUUGAAGGCGCUGUGCGAUCACGCGAAGGGGCUGGAUGACAAGGUCGAUCGUCUUAGCAAGGCAAUAGGGGUCGAGGUGAAGGAGGGGGAGCCGGAGACCAGCCUUUCGAGUAGGGUCAAGGAUGUUGAGUGGACGAUGGGGGAGCUUUUGGAGAGAAUCGGAGAUCCUUUGGCUUUAGACCCCAACGCCCCUCAACAACCCUUUGUGAACACCCACCGUCGCCCACCAGUCAUCCGACACGAGGUCGCCGUCGAGACCAGCCCUACGCCCACUACACCUCCUCCCGCCCCGCGCACACCAACACCACCUCCUCCUUUCGUCGUUCGGCAUGAGAUGGCGACCAGUCCGAUCAGGUUUAUGGACGUGGACGAUGAGCCGAAUGACGUCGAGGACGAGCGGAUUGGUGUCGAGGACGAGCGGAUUGAUGUCGAGGACGAGCAGGAAAACUCGGAGCAGUCGAAUGACACCGCUCAUCCGUUGACGCCCAUCAGCGCGCCGGUCGCGAGGCAUCGUGGGGGAGACGUGCAGAAAGAGCGCACGCAGACGCCAGUGGAUCGUCGGAAUACAGAUCCUGCCAGCCUCUUUGACGAAGACGAGGAAAAUGUUCGCCCACCAGGCAAAUCUAGCAAACCUCACCCACUCGCAGUACGUACCAACACCCUCGGACUUGCGGCUCGCACGAAGCCGCUCGCGCCGCACUCCUCUAUGCCAUCGCCGACGCCGUCUGUGCGCGGGCGCACCGUGUCGGCGGAGGAGCCUGUGCCGGCGUGCACUACAAUGGCAUCUGAGCGUGCUCAAUCUGCUGGUCUGCCCCCACCCACCCACGACUCCGACCUCCGUCUGCCCACGCCCGACGCGACGGUCCGGUAUAGCAGCGUGCCGGGGGAUAUGGCGGUGGAUGAGGUGGAGGGUGAUGAGGUGGCAGUGGAGAAUGGGAUGGAUGAGGUCGAAGACAUGCCGGAGAUGUGGACGGACGAUCCGAUUGAGGAUUAUGAGGAGGGGCGGGUGGGCGACGAGGACGCCCAUGGCCGGGAUGGGGAGGGUGCUCACGGGCAGACUGAGUCGCACGACUCGAACUCGAAGAAGGCCUCCGCUCCGCUCCCAAAGAAGCCAUCCGCUGCAUUGCCGAAGAAAGCUUCUGUUGCGUUGCCGAGGAAAACCCCCUCCGCAUCCCGUCGCCCGCUCACGGUGCAACCCUCAGAGGACUCGGUGGCUGUAAAUGCGUACUUGCUGGGGCGGUCGUCGCCCGCGAUGGAGGAGAUGGAGGUGGAGGAGUCGGGCGGGGACGCUGCAGGUGCCUCGUCUUUUGCGAACAACGACUCUCAUCCGUCAGUGCAAGCCGCAGAACGCACGGAUAUCGUGGGCGGCGCAGGUAUAGGAGGCGACGACGCAGGUGACGCCAGCGACUCUGACCUGUCGUCGUUGUCAUCGUUGUCUGACGUCGAGGAUGCAGGGGCGGCGGGCAGGGCUAGCGGUGCACGCCCGGUAGCGGGACCAGUGCCAACAGCUUCCGAGGCCCCGCGCUCGACGCGCUAUGCAGCGCAGUUUUCCGCCGCGGGCCGCCCAUCGUUCCAGCCGAAGAGCUCGUCGCUCCAGCCGAAGAGCUCGUCACUUCAGCCGAAGAGCAAGGGCAAAGAAAAGAGCGCGGCCGCGACGCGCAUCAAGCGCAGGCGGGCGGACGACGGUGAAGGCGCGCCGGCGAAGAGGGCGAGGGUGGGGGAGGAUGAGGAAGGCGCGGGCGAAGGUGCAUCAAUGACGUUAAAGGGAAAGAUCCAGCAGAUCAAGGAAGAGGAGGGCGAGCAGAUGCUCUCCUCGUCUAGCUCACGGGCGAGCAGUGUGAGACGCGGUCGGUCGGGGAGUGCGAGGGGAGGGAGUGCAAGGGAGGAUAGUGCGAGGAGGGGGCGGUCCGGCAGCCUUCGGUCUGCUGCCGUCAAGCAGGAGAAAUCGGCGAACGGCAAGCGGGGAGAGUCGAUCAGCGUCAAGCAGGAGAAGGGCGAGAAGAAGCGCGGGCGGUCUCGCAAGAAGCCGCAGUGGCCAAAGUUGGUGGAGGGCUCGGGGUCGACGUUUUGGACGACUGAGUGCGAUUGCUGUGGCCAGUGGUACCACAACGGCUGCGUGGGUUUGGAUAAGGAGGCAGACUCUGACGUGCCUUUCUGCUGUCCUUUUUGUGUCGUUGAUCCACACUACAAAGACACCGUCAAGAAAGUACACGAGGGCAUGUGUAUGCGCCCGGACUGCCCGCACGAGAUCGAUGUGGAGAACUAUCUUGGAGAGUACGAGAUUGACUACCUCGUCGGCCGCUUCGUGAAGAUCUCGAGCCAGCAGCCGAAGCAGGAGUGGUAUCUGGUGAAGUGGGCCAAGCCAUGGACAAUAGACGACUGCACGUGGCAGAUCCCGAGCGACUUCUCUGCCGACUUCAUCCGCAAGUUCAACGAGACCGCAGCAGCGGAGGGCCGUGGCGGUUCCCAGGACCUCACUUUGCUGAAGGAGGCGGAGGAUGGUCUGCGUGCCAACCCGAAUGUGGGAUGGAAUAGGUUCGACCCGAUCGGGAAUGUGCUGCAUAUGUUGGACGACAACUAGGUCUACGUUGGACGAUGACUAGGUCCAUAUUUUGGACGAUGACCAGGUCCAUAUUUUGGACGAUGACAAGGUCCCUGCCGCUGCGCUGGGCUUCGCCGGCGUCAGCGCUAACUUCGACAAAUACUUCUUGGAUUACUGUGUACCAGUAACAUCGCACGUCGCGAACGGACAUCCUACCUACCUUAUUUCGCUUUUCUUGUUGCUGUGCUUUGCCGCUUUUCGUACUGCUGCACACCGUCGAUGCAUACAUUAUUCCCCCUUAUAGAUACUUACCGACCUCCAAUAUUCAUUCCGUGUCUUGCAAUUGAAGGGUCUGCCUGCAUAU